AUGGAGAGCACUCUUCGAGUGGUCGCAGGUGCCACUAGUGAACCAGUGAACAUCAGCGAGCCCCAGUUCCUUCAAGUCGACUACAGAAACGGCAGCGGAAGAAAGCGACUUCGGUUCAGCAGCGCGGCUGAGCCAGGGACGGCCCGCACUAGUGGCGGGCUAAGAGCUGGCGCCAAGCAACCUGUUGUUGCUUACAUCUGCUCCCGCUACUACCGGGCGCCAGAGCUAAUCUUCGGUGCCACGAACUAUACGACCGCCGUGGAUCUUUGGUCGAUCGGCUGUGUGCUGGCCGAGAUGCUUCGAGGGCGGCCACUCUUCCCUGGCGAAAACGGCGUGGACCAGCUGGUAGAGAUCGUCAAGGUCCUGGGCUCGCCGUCUCGCAGACAGGUCCUAGCGAUGAAUCCGCAGUACUUCAGCUUCGCUUUUCCGACCGUUGCUGCAUGCAGCUGGAGCACCAUUUUUCGGAAAACCGUGAUGCCGGAGUUCAUCACUCUGUUGUCGGAAUUUCUCCAGUACGACCCCGAGGCGCGCAUCAAGCCCCUUGAGGCCUGUGCGCAUGGCUGCUUCGACAGCCUCCGCGAAGAGCAGGCGCGAUGUCCAGACGGCCAGCCGUUGCCUCCGGACCUCUUCAACCUGACCCAGCGGGAGCUCCGGAGCUGUUCUGCCAGCCUGCACGAGCGCCUCGUGCCGGCCUGGCAUGCGGCCCGCUGCCCAGGCAGCCCUCCACAGCCGCAGGCAGCUGGUUGA